AUGGAAAAUUGCUGCAAGCCCUCUCUGCUCUUCAGUGUCUCCUGUCUGUUUGUCCUUACACAGCUGCUUAGCUGGGUGACCACACAGCAGUUCCUGGUCUUUGGUCCCUCAGACCCCAUUGUGGCUGCACCAGGCAGGGAAGCCCUACUUCCCUGCUCCGUGUUUCCAGCCAUGAAUGUGGAGAACAUGGAGGAGUUGAGGUGGUUCCGCACCAGAUUCUCAGAAGCAGUACUUGUCUAUCGGGACCAAGAAGAGCAGAAGGAAGGGCAGAUGCCCGAGUAUUCCUGGCGGACCUCGCUGGUGAAGGAUCAAUUCCAUCAAGGCAAGGCUGCUGUGAGGAUCCAACAUGUCCAGGCGUCAGAUAGUGGGAUAUACAUCUGCCACUUCAAACAGGGACACGUCUAUGAAGAGGCCAUCUUGGAACUGAAGGUGGCAGCAAUGGGCUCUGUCCCCGAAGUGCACAUCAAAGGUCCAGAAGAUGGUGGAGUGUGUGUUGUGUGCAUGACCUCAGGGUGGUACCCGAAGCCCCAGGUGCAUUGGAGAGACUCCAGAGGAGAGAAUCUCCCAGUAUCCUCGGAGACCCACCAUGAAGAUGCUAAAGAACUAUUCAGCACAGAGACCUCGCUGGUGGUGAGAGACAGCUCUGUGGGGAAUGUGACCUGUUCCAUCUUCAAUCCCAUCUUGGGCCAGGAGAAAGUCAUGGCCAUGUUCAUCCCAGAGCCCUUCUUCCCUCAGGCCUCUCCCUGGAAGCCAGCUUUUCUCAUGACCCUGACCAUGAUGGUACUACUGGUCUUAGGGGCAUGCUAUCUUCUCAGAAGAGAACAUUCUGCAAGGCUGGAGGUACAGCAGGAAUGGGGGAAUCUCCAGCAUGAGAAGGAUGAGUUACUGAAGACAAAGGAAGAUGCUCUGAGGACAACUCAUAAGUCACCACAGCAGAAAGCAGCCUACAAUGCUGCCUGGAGGAAGGCCCAGCUGUAUGCAGAUUGGCGAAAGGAACACUUCCAGGCCUGGACUUUCACUCUGGAUCCAGCCUCUGCCCAUCCUAUCCUUGCCAUCGCCCAGGAUCGGAUGAGUGUGACCCGGAAGGACACCACUAUGUGUUUGGAUGACCUCUUCAGUGUUACAGGCACUGGAGGCAUCUCUUCUGGAAGAUAUUACUGGGAGGUCAAGCUAACAAAAAGAGAAGGCAGCAAAUGGAUUCUAGGGGUCUGUAGGGAAGGUGUGGACAGAAAAGACUUUUAUUUUGAGAGUCCAGCUAAGGGGUUUUGGACUGUGGGGCAGUCUAGUAGUGGAUAUUGGGCCUAUAUUGAUUCUGGGAGGGCUUCAUUAUCCAUCAGGCAAGCUGCACAGAUUGUGGGGGUGUUUGUGGACUACACUGAGGGUGACGUCUCCUUCUAUAACAUGAGUGACAUGUCCCACAUUUUCUCCUUCCACGAGGCUUCCUUCUCUGGGACUCUUUUUCCAUAUUUCCGGAUUAAGUCUGGAAAUGUUUCAAUGGUUGUCCGCUCCAUGGCAUGUGUGUCCGAGGAGGAAGAGAGAGAAGAGGGGGAGGAGAGGAAGGAAAAGAAGUAG